GAGAUGUCGCCUUCAUUGAUGAUCAAGGUCAAUCGAAACUUAUUUAUUACUGAUCGUAUCAAAGAGUUUAUUAAAUAUAAGGGUUUCCAGGUUGCACCCGCGGAACUAGAAGAAAUCUUAAUCACACAUCCGGCGGUGUCAGAUGCCGCCGUGGUUGGCUUUUAUUGUGAACCCGAAGCCACCGAAUACCCCUUGGGUUAUGUUACACUUCGAGCAGGCUACGAACAAUCAUCCGAGCUAAUUCACGAGAUCAAAAAAUACAUUGCUGAUCGAGUGGCACCGCAUAAGAGGUUGAGAGAUGUAAUUUAUAUUGAUAAAAUACCUAAGAGUGCAGCAGGAAAAUUGUUAAGAAGGUUGUUGAAGGAGAAAGCCAAAGCGGAAAUAUCUGAAGACUUUGAAGAUUUCAAGCAGCUUAGUAGUGUGAAAAAUCUCGUCCCUGUUCUUAUCAUUUCCGUUGGUUUGCCGGCUUAUCACGCGGUUAUGGAUGCUUUUGCAACAAACGGUCAAAAUAAGCGUAGAGAUGAGAAUUCUCGCUGUCUUCCACUUCACAACCGUCGUUGA